GCAUUUCUCAACCCGACGGGACACUCGCAUAACGAGCGGCCAUUACGAGGAGAAGGAGGAGUGGUACUGUACUUUCUUCCGUCCCGUGAAGCCGUGACCGGCAGGAAACAUGGUCGAGAAAUAUCAAUGGUCCCAUAAAUCAGGACACUGAACUGGGUUAAAUGCUAAGCAAACGGGGGGAGAAUCCCAGUUUUCGCCCUUCAGACAGUAUCGCUGUCGAUGGUCCGAUAACAGUCCCGCUGUUGAUUAUGUCAUUUUAAACUAAGCACCACCUUGCGAUGGUCGUUGAGCAGUGUCAUUCUGAGAGGAGUUCUUCCAUAGUACAGGAAGAGCGUUGAAAGAGUGUGCAAGGACGUGUGCAUUUGCAAAGCGAGUCAAUCCGGAUUUGAUGUUUGUUUGAAAGGUGCAUCAACACGAAUGCAUUGCUUCACGGGCAACUGGUGCCCAUCGGAGUAAAUGGCACACAGUGCUGCAAUUGUGCUUACUGUACUGUGAAAUGGCAAAGCUUUUACAAUCUGUCCCUGAAUGUUGAUUCGUUGAGGGGUAAAACGAUUUCAAUAAUAGUUACUUUGGAGAAAGACAAAAGUCAUGCAGUAACAAGUUUUUGAAGUAAGAAAAGUUUGAAGUAAGGUUUGAGCGAGGUUUGAACUUAGUAUCGAUGGGUUGAUAGCCCGGUCGUGAGCUGAAUAGGCUACCAAAUAGAAUCAUUAAAUGUGGUGUGUAGAACAAAUUUUAUUCAAGCUUUGAUUGAAUUGGUAAGGCUUUCUCAUUACAAAUGAGAAUCAAUUUCCUCUCUUUGCUCUAUUUUUAUUUAUCAUCUUCUCUUUCUCGCUCUCUCUCUCUCUCUCAUUAUCGCAUCAUUCACACAUACAAUAAAGCAUACUCUUCAGCAUGAUAGAGUUGGUAGAUAAAAUGUUCAUGUAAACAUAAUGUUGAAUCAACACGUAAAAUCCAGAAUAAGAGAGAGGGAGAGAUGCUUUAAAAACACCAACACAGAUGCAACCACAUCAAAUUCACUAUCACAAUUUGGCUAAGCCCGGUUUAAAACUUGUUUCCAAAUUAUCGACCUGUUGGGAUUUUACGCUUCAACCUGUUCCAAAGUUAAAUUCACCUUCGAUCCAGCCGGUUCGAUCAACACGCAGCAGUAUGAUCGUAUUCAGUUCCAAUUCUUAGCUAGAAGCAAACGGACGUAGCUAUGCGUGAUCUGUCGCGAUGGCUGCUGCUACUGUCCGGUGUGUUGUGCGUCUGGAGUCAGACGGUCGGCGUCAAUCGGCUCGUGUGCGGUCGGCGUAAGGUGAAAUCGGUUUAUCUCAUUCACAAUGGUAUCGACGCAAUGCCGGGUCACUGGCCGUGGCAUGCGGUCAUCUAUCAGCGUGCGAACGGUGCUGAAGAGUACAAGUGUGGUGGCUCGAUCAUCGAUGAAGAUACCAUUCUCACAUCUGGUCACUGUGUUACAGUUGGGAGUAGAGCUAUCUCACCUGAGCAGCUGUCAAUCGAGGUAGGCCGUAUUCGGCUGCACGAGCGAACAGAAUACACCCAGACGCAUGGUGUGCGGCAGGUGAUAGUACAUCCUGGAUUGAAUGUGCGCCGAUUCAAGAACGACAUAGCUCUGAUCAAACUGGCGAGCAACAUUACUAUGACACCGCACGUACAACCCAUCUGUCUGUGGACGAUGGACAACAAUCAGGAGUUGAUCGUGGGCAAGAAUGGUACAGUGCUGGGGUUCGGACUGACGGAGCAAGACGUCGUGUCGGAGCAGUUGAAGCAGGCGUCGAUCGGUGUGGUCGAUACGCUGACAUGCCUUGCGAAUGAUCGAGCAGCGUUCGGAACGUACCUGACGUCGGAGAUGUUUUGCGGAGGAGGCCGGGAUGGGGUGAGCGCAUGCAACGGAGACAGUGGUGGUGGAUUGUUUCUGGAAGUUGAAGGUAGAUGGUUCGUGCGAGGUAUUGUUUCGUUCAUUCCAUUGCGAAAAAAUACGGCUCUAUGCGAUACGUCAAAGUUCACGGCCUUUGCCGAUGUGGCCAAGUAUCUGAAGUGGAUCGAACAGUACAUUGACCCGCGUGUGCUCGUGUUCGAUACAGACGAUUAUGAGGUGGAUUAUGAGGAGAAGCUACCGCUUUUCGAUCUGAAAACGUGUGGUAUCAAGUCGGACACAUUUCUUGCCGAAGGAUCUCACAUGAGCUACCCUUGGGUUGGUUUCGCCGUGGUGCCUCGGGCCGCAUUGUGUGUCGUUACGCUCGUCAGCGAUUGGUAUGUCAUUGGUCCGGCAAGCUGUUUCGAGAACGAUGGCAACGAAAUUCGCAUUCGACUGGGUGAAAAUCUGAAAGAGCGAAAAUGCUUCGAUCGUAACGGAACGACGGUGUGCGCCUAUCCACUGCAAGCACUGCAAAUACAGCGCAUCAUCAUCCACCCAAGGUACAACGACAAAGAGUUCACGGACAACAUAGCGUUGGUGGAGCUGCUGACUCCAGCAGACACAACGCUACCGAACGUGAGACCCAUCUGUCUGCCGGUCACAAACGAGCUUUACUCGAACCAAACCUCCAACCUGUUGACCAUAGGGAUAUCUUUUCUCAAGCGAUCGUUUGUGGAAAAGCGCGUCCGACACGUUAACUCCUCGCAAUGCAUAGAUAUGUACCUAGACGAGGGGUUGAGGUUGAACUUGGACGAGAAGCGUAUUUGUGGCGAACUGUCUGCUGAAGCCAAUAGCGAUUGUGCCGCAUUCAAAGCGGGGGCAGCUCUGCAGGAGUUGCGCGCGAUCAGUAUGGCCGGAGAUGAGCGGUACGUACUGCGAGGGUUCGAAUUAUUUUCUAAGCAAUGUGACUACACCUUGCCGAUCGUGUACAACAAUUUGUACGCCUAUCUCGACUGGAUGCUGUACAACAUGAGAUUCAACGAGGUGAAUACGGACUCGUCCCUUGAAGCGAAGUGGACGAUCCGGCAGAAAAAUCAUGAAAAGUUAGGCCUAUUCAAUAUGAGCUCCUGUGGAAUCGUAUUGAAGCCACCAAGAGAAUAUGGUUCUGAAUCUUACAAUCCUUGGAUUGGCUCACUUGUGCUGAAUACGGGGGUACGAUCGCCCACGUCUAAAGUGAUACUCAUAAGCGAACGGUAUGCAUUAGCCCCAGCUCAGCAAUUUAGCGGACCAAACGAGUGGGGAUCAAUUAUUCUAGGUUACCAUCAUGCAAUUUAUGAUCUAAAAUGUUUGUUUGAAGCAUGUGAUGAUCCGACUUAUCAAAAAGUGAAAAUUAAGAAGGUAUACAUCCACCCAGAGUUUAACGAGCAACACCUCACCCUAAAUAAUAUCGCUCUCAUUGAGCUGAUGGAACCGGCCAACACUACUAAGAUUGCGAUCAGUCCGAUCUGUCUACCGUUGAUGCAGGAGUUCCGCAACAGUACACCGUUGGAGUUGCAGCUGGCAAUGGAUUCAUCGGGAAGUAGAAAUGUAAAACGGUUGAGUCCGGCCAGCUGUCGGGCGCAGCUCAUCCAUGGAGGGCAUUUUUUUGCGGUGCAUGAGCUUCCGGUUUGCGCAGAGGGCUAUGCCGAUGUGCGGUUGGCAGAACAUUCCGGAUCGGCACUGCAAGGGUCGUUAGAGUUUGACGGACGCAAGCGUUAUUUUCUAUACGGGUUAAGGCUGCUUUUAAAGUCCGAUGGCGCGGCAAAUCCCGACUUACCGUACCUUCUUACUGAUGUUAGCCAGCAUCUCGAUUGGAUCUUGGAGAAUAUGAGCGUUACUGGUAUGGAUAAUUCAUCUAGUCCGAUGCAGCAAUUUAUUCAAAUGAUCUAAGAGACCAGUUAGUUCUUUGGUGCGUUAUCGUGGUCUCCUCCCACAUUAUCGCUAUCUUAUUAUUUAUUAUUUAUUUAAGUUCCGAAACUUGAUGAAAAAGUUCAUAUCAUCUGAGCAGGUUAAUUUAGUUUUGAAAUAAUAAAAUCAGUGAAAUUUAUGUGAAAUGGGGAAGAAUAAGGGCAAUGUGCGCGAGCGACGGAAUGUGCGCGAGAAGGAAAGAAUAAAGAGAACGUGCGAGAAUGAACUAGGAAGGAGAACGCGGUUACGGUGGGUAACGCGGAGCGAGAGGGAAGAUGGGCAGAAGCUAUAAAAGCGGUGCGCGCUUUGGGGACGGGGAGUUAGUUUGGGACCGAUACGGGAACUGUGAAACGUGAACUACUAAACGAGAUGUGCGAAUAAAUCGUGUAGAACUUUA